UCAUGUUUUUGUAUGUUAAUAAGACGGCUGUGCUUCUUUCUAGGAUUCCAGUUAAGUGGGUGGUUCCAGCUGGAAAGAUUUGAAAAUCCUCCUGAAAGAGUCAGAGAUGAUGUCAAAGAGAUUUGCAGAGACAAGCAACUGAGGAGAAGCAGCAGCAGCAAAUUUCUCUUUGAUUUUAAGUGAAUGAAUAAACUAAAAUCAUCUGGAAAACUGGAAAGAGUCGGACACAGUGUCAAAGUGUUUUGUAGCCACAAACAACUCAGCCAGACGGGAGCAAAAGCAGCCAUCUGUAGCUCCGUGUCCAGUGAUGAAUGGAAGGCCACUGUUGUAAAAAGCAUUGACGCUCUGGUUACAUCCUGUGUUGUGGUACCAUGUUCAUUCUCCCAUACUGGAGGAAACCUGCCCUCCUCCAGACUCAGAGCGAUGUGGCACUAUAAAGGCAAAACACCAGAUAGUAAAGGAAACAACAUCUUUCAUAGUGAUGCUACACUGAUUAAGGACAACUUUAAGGGCCGAACAAAGAUGUUGGGAGAGCUGAGCCACAACAACUGCACCUUAGAAAUAACUGAUGUUAGAGAUCAUGACAAUGGCCCUUUCUGUUUUAGAGUUGAACUAGUAAAAUCAGAAGGCAAUGAACCCACCAAGGACAUGUUCUCCUUUGUUGAAGACUGCGUCGAGUUGAACAUGAUCACUGAGCCUGCAGAGCCUACAUUGAUUCAGCCAAUGGCAGCCACUCAAGGAGAGCCCUACACUGUCAUUUGUUCAGUCAUGCACACCUGUCCAACCCAUGUACCUACACUUACAUGGAACUGGAAGACAGAAGGGAUCAUUGUGUACCAUAGACUAAUUCAUUCUGGCAACUGGGAGACACAGUCCAUCCUGAAAUUUAUUCCUGAGGAGAAGGAUGAUAACAGAGAGCUGACAUGCACGGCUGCAUUUAAUGAGAAGAAGACAUCCUCUUCAAAAUUAACACUCAGUGUAAAACAUAUUGAGAACUAUAAUCACAUCAUCAUUCCUGCUGUAGUGGGGAUUGGUACAGCUCUGCUCUUUGGCAUCCCCUGCAUUUUCAUGGCAAAAAAAUACAAGAACCGUAUUGCAGAGCUUCAAAAUCAAGAAGGUUUCUGAGCCUGUCAUCUGUGAGAUUAUUAUACUAUCUUAUGCCACCUUAUACUUCUAAUCAAAGAAUUGUUGAAUCAUUAUAUGGCUAUAGGCCACAUUAUGCCUUGGAUUAAAGAUUGGGAAAUCAUUACACUGUUUUAUGAUGCAUUAUACUGCUGAUUUAUAAGAAAUGCUGUUUUCAGAGAAUCAUGGCCUUAUUUGUCUGAUUAGAAAGAACAGAACAUACUGCACAGGAAGCCAAGGUCAUAACUUAGGCUCAAUGAGAGAGAAAGAAUGUGAAUGUUUAGGUUUUAUGACUUUGGAGGGGGCUGAAGCUAUAAGAAUGUGAGAAACGGUCAGACACUUCGAGAUCUGGUGGACACCCUCCUGUCCACAUCUCCUGUCCGGAUGUUUAUGCUCAAAGUGUUGUAUGGAAUAAUGAGAAUUGUUGUUUGAGCAUUUAUACACCGAGUGUUGUUCUUCCUUCAGCCCAAAGAUCAAAGAAUUGGGAUAUUUAAGACAUCAUAUAUGAUAACAAUAUGAUUGUUUUUAUUUAUCACAGCAUGUGGAACAGGCUUUCCAGAUUAUCUUGCAGAUGAGAAAAAAUGUUUUGUUGUUUUUACAGUUAAGUAAAAACACAAUAUAAGAAAAGUACACAUGCAUGUUUUCUUUUUCUUUUCUUUUUUUUGUCUUUAAUGCAAAAUCUUUGGAAUUGUACAUCCACACGUCUUCAAGAUUACAUUUCUAAUUAAAUUAAAUCAUUCUAAGCCAUUCUGAUUAAAGGCCAAAGGGUUUUUGGUUUUUGGUUCUCCACCGCUAACUUUCCGUGCACAAAUGCCUCAAUGGUCUCACAGUAAUUUCAAGAAAGAAGGCAGAUUUAUUUUUGUAGGUGGUUUUGAUAUUAAAUUUAAAAUGAUAUCUUAUUUUCUGUUCUUAUUUUUCUGUGGUUUCAUCUUUCUCUUGAAGCUACAGCUCUUGUCAGUAUUAUCUACAGUCCCAAUUUUAUCAUAUUUUUAAACAUUAUGAAAAUUAAAUACAAGUAAAAAAAAGUCUGAUUGAACAAAAGUAAAAUAAAAAAGUAUCAAAAAGUAAAGGGAGGGAUGGCUUUUUUUUCGACAAUUAGCUUUUAGCCUUUUUUUUAUUAACCAGUGUGAUGCUUUCUCUUUGUUUUGAUGCUUGAAAGGAUGAUUUUGAUUUGAUUUAUGCCAGAAAUGUUAACUGAGCAUAUAGCAAUGCAACCCCACCACUUCCUGUUUUCUAAACAGAUGUAUCAGUACUGUAAGCCUAUUUUUGAACAUUAAAUCUUCAUUUGUCCCGAGACUGAAUUUAUUGUUUGAACGAUAAAGACCUUCAGUGUUAAGUAUAAUUUUAACUUAAUUUAGAAGUGCCUUUUUUUAUUCAGACCACAUAGAUUGUGAAUACAGUGUGUGUUGCAUGUUUUUGAUAAUUUAGGAGAGCAUUAAAUAACAAGAAACCUGGUCUGUUAUAGGCAUAUUUGAAAUUCUUAACUAUGAUGUAAAGAAAAUGUUUCCAUUUAUUUUAAGAUUCCAUCUUCAUUUGUCAAUGGUUAGGUUAUUAGAGAUAUAGAGAAGACAUAAUAUGUUAAUAGACAUGACAUGUUUGAAUGAAUUGUUUGUUACCCAUCUCACUCAUAUUUUAUGAUUUGAUUCUUAUAUACCGGUAGUGCUUUUCUGCUCUCCCGGAUCACUCAGUCACUUUCUUCUGUGCUUAAGUGAUUUCUGUCUAGCAUUCACACACAUUCAUUUAAUUAAUGGUUAUAAUUAAGGGAAAAUUAUGGAACAUGUUGGGAAACAAAGACUCUCCACAGUUAAAGACUUUAAUUCUGAUUGUAGAGCUCUUUAUAGCUUUUAAAAAGAAUCAAAAUGUGAUCUGUCAUAUUUUAAGGUGUACAGUAAUUGCUGAUUUUAAUGUGGAGAUUUUGAUCAGCACAGCAGAUUAACAGGAAGAUACUCAGUUGUGAAGAGUGAAGGGUGACUUAAAACAGGCCCUGCAAUGUCACUCAGCACAACAGAAAUAGAAAUGUGCAAAAGACUGAGCAUUAAAUAACAAAACAUGAAGAGUUUCCAAAUUCAACAGGAAAUAUUUUACUAUAUUUUACUAUAUGCAUGUUCAGUUUUAUUACAAAACAUGCAACAGUUGAACUCUGGAGUCAGCAUUUAUUUAACUUUUUUGUUUUUGUUUUCUUGUCAAAGCAUUGUUGAGUGUGCAUGUAACAAAAUGUAGUACUGAUUUCACAAUAAACUACAUCUAUAAUUGCUA